AUGAAACUGGACAGAAAGAAGGACUUCAAAAAAAAACUUGUAACAUGCUUCUCGCUGCUACAAGUUUCGGACCCCAUCAAAGUGAUCGUCGAUGAAACCUUCAUCCACCUUUGUAUUGUCCACAAAAUUCCCAUUAAAGAAGAGCUAGCUAAACUGAUAAACAGGCAACUGAUGCUCAUGACCACAAAAUGCAUCUCCACGUGUGCCAAAAAAACGCAUAAUGAAGAAACGGCCUACGGGAUUAGGAAGAUAACUCAUUACAAGUGCAACCACAAUGGUGAUAAUGUGAAAAACUCUGUGGACGUAUUUUUAAAAAAGAUGAAAGGUGAAAGGAACUCCCCCUUUUCGGUGAACAAUUUUUUCGAAAAUGAGGUUUCCGUGACGCACAACUUUGACAGUGUGUGCAAUGUGAGGGGGAAACAAGCAAAGGGGGAGGAAGCAACCAAGGUGGAAGAAGCAACUACUAAGGAGGAAGCAGCACCUAAGGUGGAAGAAGCAACCAAGAAGGAGGAGGAAGCACCAAACGGGGAAGGUGAACCCAAUGGGGAGGAAGCAACCAAAGAGGAGGAAUCGCAAAAUGGUGGACAGACCGAGUGGAAAGUCGAGCUUUCCGAUUCCAUGAAAUGCAUAAUCGACUUAGUAAAAAAUAACAACGAAAAGAAGUUUUUUGUGGCAACGAACAAUAACGAGUUGAGAUCCUUCCUCAGGAAGGUGUUCAUCGUUCCCAUCAUCUACAUCAGCGAGGGGGGCGCCAUAAAAAUGGAAAACCUUUCCACGAAGAACACGAACAAGAAGGAAGUCGUCGAAUUGCGCAAGAUGAAAAUGCUUAAGUGGGAACGGGAGCUCAGGAUGUCAGAGCAGAAGAGGGACAAGGAUAAAGUGAAAAAAAAUGGGAAGAAAAAAAAAAAAGCCAGGGGGAGAAAUGGGAGGUAG